GCACGAAGCCCCAAAGCUCACGUCGCACUGAUACGCGUGCUAAUCGUCGUUUGGUACAGACGCGGGAGUCGUUUCGCAGCGUAUACUGUCCACGGCUACUCUACGGCUGCUCAUACCACGGGUAACAUUGUAAUGGCAGCCCACCAUGUCAUGCCGAGACUCGUCGGUUUCGCGCUCGCGCUGCUCGCAAAAGCGCAGCAAACCAACCGCUCGACAAAUGGCACGAACGUCUCACGACAAAACGACUGCGCCAAGCGGCCGGGCCUCCCGCCGGACUUUCCCGCGCUCUACGAGGAAUUAAAUAAUGGCUCGUACAGCGAGCGGCUCUACGGUGCGCGGCACAAGCUGCCGCGCUGCUCGCAGCUGCGCCUGCUCUGGCUGUCGCUCAUGGACAACGCUACGUUAAGGACGAUCCAUUUAUGUGGCGACAAGGGCAUGGUGCCCCGGCCCAUCCCGCCGCGGCUGCUCUACUUCCCGUUCACCUACGAGUACAAGGAUUCGGCGAUGGUCCCCACUUUACUAGGAAACGCGCCCGACCUGCGGGACCCGCCGCUCGAGCCGUGGGGGCUUCCGUCGAACGCGUGGGUCGAGGUCACGCACUGCCCCGUCGGCGCCUGCGUGGAAAUCAACCAGUGAGUGAGGUUAUCCUGAGGAAUAUUGCGGAGACCUCCGUGCGCCUCCACGCCAUCGAGCAGACGCGGUCAUGGGAACAACGUCGCGUCGAUGGCGUAGAAUCUCCACGCCAUCGAGCAGACGCGGUCAUGGGAACAACGUCGCGACGAAGGCGUGGGGCGCCUGAAGUUUGAUUUCCACGCAGGUCGGCGCCGAGGGCGAGAACUUGUAUUUCUACCGCAUGCCGGGCAGCGGCCUCUCGAUCUACACGGGUCAUGUCCUCGUGCUCAACAAGAACGCCCCGAAAAAUACCCAGGCCUCAAAUAAAAGCUUCUACAAGACGGAGAACGAGUUCCGCGGCCCCGGCGAGCCCAUGCGUAAAAGGUUCGAGCGCGUCAAAAGUGAAGGCUUCGACACGGUCCACGCGCCCCAAUCCAAGGGCCUGGGCCAGGAGAUUCUGGCCCUGCGCCACGCGGGCCAAUCCCUCGGCAGGAGGGGGCAUCGGAUCAACGGCCACGAUCUCGUGAAGGCCGGCCACAUGCGGUGCGGCCAGCCGCCCGACGUCCGCGUCUGCGCCUGUGUGGAAAUCAAAAUUUUACGGCGCGUUCGUGCUGAAUCGUCGCGUCGUCCUCCACGCCAUCGACGCGACGCCUGCUCGAUGGCAUGGCGAUGUCGGUUCCUCACCGCACCCGACGCACUGGUUGAUUUCCACACAGGUCUGCGCGCCGGAUGAGCCCGCAGCUUUGUUACAUGAGGCCUGCCCGCCGUGGAACUCGCACCGCCCCGGUGAGCGGCUCACGGAGAAGAACCGGGAGCAUAUUCUACAUGAGGUCGAGGGCCACGGCAUCCACAGCUGCUGGAAGGGCGGCGACGACAGCGUCAUGGAGAACCCGAUGGCGCAGGUCGGGCGAAAACUCCGCGACGCGGUCUCGGUGCUUUUCGCGGGCUACUCGACGCGCGGGCGGCUCCUGGCGCUGGCCGCCGUGGCCUCGGCGCUCCAGCCCCAGGUGCGCGCGGCGCUCAACCACUGGGAGCCCGAACUCGUGGACAUCGUCGCGACGACGGCCGGCGCGACGCGGCGUCCUUAUAGACAUGCCUUCAAUUAUAUUCUGGAUCUCUGCUUUACGCCAUCGACGCCACGUCCAACCGGCAGUCGUUUCCUCACAGACUGCUGCGCCAUGAUCGCGCGGCGGGUGUCUUCCCCAUUGGUGCGCGAGACUUCUGGCGGUGGCGGCGUGAACGUCCAGGGCGAAAAGCAGACACCGAUGGACGUCUUCGCCGACACGCUUCUCAACGACGCGCUGCGACCGCUCGCCAAGACGCUGGCGUCGGAAGAGGCAGACUCGAUCAUCGCCGGUUCGGGCGACACGUACAGCAUCGCGUUCGACCCGCUGGACGGCUCGUCAAACGUUGCGGUCUCUCUCCCAACGGGCACCAUCUUCGGCGUGUUCAAGGGGGACGCGCUCCUCGGAAAGCCGCGGCAAAACCUGGUCGCGGCCGGCUACUGCCUUUAUUCGUCGUCGUGCGAGUUCGUCGUGGCGACAGUAGACGACGGCUUGCCGCGACGCUUCUACCUCGACGGCAUAAUGUUUCGGGACGCGGGGACGAUGCAAGAGACGCCCAAACGCGGACCAUACUACAGUCUCAACGAUGCGCGCGAACCGGAUUGGCCAGCAGGUCUGCAGUCCUGGGUAUACUCUGCCAAGCGCGGCAAGACCGCUGCGGGCACAAAGUACUCCAGUCGCUACGUCUGCGCGUUAGUCGCGGACGUCCACCGGACUCUUAUCACCGGCGGGUGGGCGGGUAAUCCGCGGCCGCACCUCCGGUCGCUCUACGAGGCGGCGCCGCUCGCGUUCGUGGCCAACGCGUGUGGCGGCUACGCGUCGGACGGCGUCGGCGACGUGUUGGAUAUGGACAUUCGCGAUAUUCACGCGCGAACAUCAUACUUCUGCGGCAGCGUCGACGACGUCAAGGACCUCGAGGCCUGCGGCGACGUCCAGCAGGGGGCGGCGACGUAUGACGCAUAACGCUCCCCUCGAUCCGGCACCGAACGACCAGCGCGACGGCGGUGAGUCCCGUGACGAGUCGCGUCGUCGUCGUGUCCUUCUUUAGGAUAUUCCACCCCUAAUCAUUUUUA